UUUAAUGUUCGAAUUGACUAAUUUUUCAAAGUUGCAUUACUUCCGGUUGUUUCACUCAUUUCAAAGUUUCAACUUUCUUAUGCUUCUAACCUUUAUCAUCCGACAAAUGAGUUCAAAGAUGGCAUUCAUUUUCUAAUGGUAGAAAGUUAUGGCAGAAGUAACACCUUUGCCAGACUCCGUGAGCCAGGCAGGAAGCUCUGUACCCAGUGAAGGAAAUUCAGCAGAAAAACAGGACAUUGAUGUUGGUCAGAGCACAGACACUAACUCAAACUCGAAGGACCUCACCUCAAAAACAGAUGAGGUAACUCAAAAUGCCAUCGGUGAUGAUGAAACAGAUGGGGAUGUGAACAAAGCAAAACUAGAAAAAACAAACAAUUUACAAACAGAGAAUGAGCAAAUUGUCAAUAGUAAAGAAGGGACACCUGUGCAAGAAAAAGAUGAUAAUGUAGAUGCAGAAGAAUCUUUGAUUGAUGAAGAAGAAACCCACAGUAAUGAAGAAGUUACAGGAACUGAAACACAGACAGAGGGGGAUGAGGAAGGGUUUGAAAUCAAUGACAGUGAUAUCAUGAAGGCUACUGAUGUCUUUGGGAAGGGAAAACGCCCGCGUGUGAAAAAAAUGGAUGGAGAUUUUACAGAUGAUUAUGAGACCAGCGAAUCAACGCCUCAUAGAUAUUCAAACAGGAAAAGUAUGGUGAUAUCUGAAGAACAAAGAGAACUUUUACUCAAACCCUUUAAUGAAGGGUGGAAGAGAGAGGUUGUGUUCAGGAGUACAUACUCUCCAGUAACGAAGCAAGGGACGAUGAAGUCAGUUCCUGCCGACGUUUACUACCACCCUCCAGAGGGAAGAAAACUGAGAUCAAUGGUUGACAUUACCAAACACUUGGUGAUGACCAAUUCAGAGCUGACACUUGACAACUUUUCAUUCAUACGCAAACCAAUCCUGGAGCCUCCUUUUGAGGUCGUUCGAUCAUCCGGAUCAGUAGGUCGUGGCGGUUUUGGAUCUCCGAAAACACCAAGGCAAGGCCUGGAAUCUAAACCUCAAGUGGUGAUUGAGCGAGAUGGAGAAGAAAAGGUGCUUUCAGAGGGGGGAAGAAUCAGUGGAAGUCAGGUAGGAUUUAUCAGGAGAAAGCGAGGGAGGCCUUCCAGUGGAAUAAACAAAAGCUUGACUCCUCGUAGCCAUAUUGUCCGUAAAAGGGGCAGACCCCCCAAGUCAGUAAAAGAAAUCAUGCAACGUGAGAACUCUACGACUCCGAAAGUAGAAUCAAAUGACUCUUCCUUUACAAGUGAGCCAUCCCCAAAACGAUAUAAACCCACCGCCAGAAAAAGUACAACGCCGGGGGCCCCCAAAAUAUUCAAAGUAGCCAAGCCACCUGACAGCUCCCAGUCGUUAGAGGAGCUGUGUAACCUGCAUUGUCCGGGGAGGAACAUGGUCCCCCCGUCCCUGCAGUGCAUCAUCUGUCUCUGUCUGUUCCACCCCGAGUGUGUCAACACCAACAAUGACAUCGAAGACUUUGUGUGCCUGAGAUGCGUUACAGGGUCUACAGCGAUAAAACAACCAAAGCCAGCAAGCACAAUGAAGAUGUAUCCUAUUUCCGUGCUUAAUUCCAAUGGUAAAACCAUCAAGGCCACUGUGGUGUCUCAGCAGGUCAAGAAGCCAGCGAUUGUCUCUUCAGGGGUUCCUCUAAGUGUCUCUACAGGGGUUUCUCCACUCUCAGUGUCCACUAAUGUGGUUACCACCCCUAAAGUGACAGUGAAGCAGGAGCCCAUGGAUGUAGAAGAAUACAGCCAAGCUAAGGGGAAGAAUGAUGUAAGUGAGACAACCCUAGGCUCUCUGAAGUCGGUCCUUGACAAAAGGUCGGUUAAUCUCACUACCACUCCCAUGCCAGUGCUGCUGAACACCUUCAGUGGAUCCCAGGCCAGCUUUGCCUUCAAUGGACACAGUCCAACGAUCAGUUCCCCCACCCACACCACAGUGAUUAACUCCAGACCAGCAGCAUUCACAGCUAUUCCAAACCUUUCAAUCUUAAAUCCAUUACAAGGGGCAGCGAUAAUUAGUCAUUUGAAUCCAUCUUCUGUAAUCCGGCCUCCGACAGCUUUUCCAUCCACGAAUGUAAGUUCUUUUCCAAGUGUUUCUUCAAUUUCACAACCACCCCCCAAACUCACGGCAGCACCCACCCCCAAGUCCAGCCCAAGUACUAACGGUGGGGAACUAACGCAAACUACAAAAAAUGGACAGCUUCUGACCUUGCCUAGUGCUGUGUCAAAAAGACUGAAUCUCAAGCAGCCGCUAGCUCUGAAGAUCAACAACAUGCAAAUCACUGUCCCUCCCUCGUGCCUUCUUUUGACGGGGGAUGGACUAAAAGUGUUUCUGCCACCCAAAACAUUUCCCGUACAACUGGGAGAGACAGCUAAGCUUAGUGUUACGGUGACAAAUGACAAGUCAUCGCCGUCCAGUACAAAGAUUAGUGUUAAUAUUGGUGAUGUUAGUUCUCCCAAGAACGAUACUCCGGAAUCAAAGAGCAGUCGAUCUACACGACACUGGAAGUCUGGCAUCAACCCGGGCAACUGCCACAUCAAGAAGUUGUACGGAGGAUUCGACUGCAUGCUCUGUAUAUUUGAGUACCUCAACAUGCACGACUUGGCAAGAGUCAGUUUGGUUUGUCGAACUUGGAGGAACUUGGCACAGAAUCCAAUACUUUGGCGUGAUGUAAAACUUAGAAAUGUCAAAGUGAUGGAUUGGAAAAAGGCUGUCAAGUUUCUCCUGAGGAGGGCUGUUCAUUCCCUGAACCUGCGCGGACUUGAGCACUAUGAGAAUCGGAACCACACAUGGCACCAGUUUUUGUCGGUGGUGCCCCAGCUGACCUGUGUACAGAACAUCCAUUUUGGCCUGGUUCCCGGCUCCAUUCUCCAGCAUGUGUGUGAGAAGAUGCCUCAUCUAGAAGUCUUCACUGCCGAGUGGAUCAGUGAUUAUGACGAUGAGCAGAAAUGGGACCAUGUCACCAAGUUAAACAUCGGAAAGUUCAGCUCUUUGCCCCAACUUACGGAGCUGAAGCUGCGUGGUGUAGCCGGGUUGGCCAUGCCCUCAUAUACACUGAGCGGGGGGUUGGAUGAUCUGUCAUCCCUCACCCAACUCAAAAAGCUGUCCUUGACAACCCUAGCCAAAGUGGAGGAGACAGAUUUCUCUUUCCUGGAGAAGAUGGAACAACUGGAGUGUCUGGAACUUGGAGAUUGUCUACACUGGACGUCCAAGACGUAUUCCUUACUGGCCAAUCUGAAGAAUCUGAGGACCCUUCGGUUGGAGAAUGGUGGCAACAUUGACAGUGAUCAAGGACUUGGAGAAGCUCUCAGUCAGAUCAAAAGUCUUCAAAAGUUGGAGUUGAUCAUGUAUGUGGUGCCAGAGUCAAUGAAAGGAUUGGACCACAUCAAGACACUGGUGGUCUGGCCCAACACUCAAGAAAGUACGCCGAUACCAGCAAGGGUGAAUUUCAACAUGUUUAAGCUGGUGACAGGACUCCAGUCCUUAGAGAGGUUAGAGUGGGGGAUCAUGAACAAUACCAGUACCUCCAUUAUCCUGGAGAACGAGACUUCAAGCACGAAAUGGAUCCCUAUCCUUCCAAAAACUCAGGAGAGCAGUCCGGGGGGCACUACCACAGUGGAGUAUAUAUCUGUUCUCCAGUUCACAUCCAAUCUCACCAAAGCUCUCCCUAAUACCAGGAUCAAGGUGUAUAAUUCCAAAAUAAUGCAGUUUGAAGACAAAGACUCUUAAUAUUCCAUUAGACAACUCAGUCUUCAGUUCAAAAACACCGUUCCUGAUAAAUCACCAAGAACUCAAAAUCCAUGGAUGUGAAAUGUUCAAUGAAAAGAUGUGGAUGUCUUUAAAUUCAUUAAGUACCAGAUUUACCAUGUAUCUGAACAAGAGUUGAGGAAUACCUUCAACUAUUUGAGAAUUUUAGAGAGGUGCUAGUGCUAUGUACAAUGUACAUGUUUUAUAUUUGGUCAGGGCAUAAUUUACUCAUAGUCAUAAUAGGGCCUAGAAUGCAAAUCAGGAACACACAGCAAAUGUUGUUAGUGAGGCGAGUCCUCAAGGGUUUAAAACCUCUGUAGGACUUGACCUCUUCAGAUUGCAGUCUGUCUCUCAGUGUCAGUCUGUGCAUGACUGCAAUGUGAGCUGUGUUAAUGAAUCAUUUUUCUUAUCAGUUACAAAUGUCAUAUGGAACAACCUAUCAAAUUUUUAUCAACUCUGUGUUUGUUCAUUUAACUGCAGCUCAUGUAUUGUAUUGUCACUACUUUCCAUAUUUUUAUUAAAUUUGCAUGCAAGAUUUGCAGUUAAUUAAAUUUACAUGCAUCUAUUAAAACAAUUGUGUCUUUU